CACCCGUUUUCUGCGGCUACCCUUCAUCGCCAACGGAUAAGAUCACGUCUUCUCACCACAUAAUUAGAUCCAACGGCCAGUAUAAUCUAUCUACACGUGUCGCAAUCAUAUCUGUUAAUAAUCACAACUCUCCCUGUCUCUCUCUCUCUACAGCAACAAUAAGCUCCUGUCAAAGCCAAUGGCUUUCCAGAUCUAAAUUGUCUCAGAUUCUCUGUUCUUCGCAUUUGCGAGUCUGCAAUAGCUCUGCGAUACGGUGCCGUUUCCUGAGACCAGAGCGGAGUUUGAGCGAAGAAAGAAGAGGAAGUAUAGAUGUUGAGAAUGGCGAAUUCGUUUCCGGAGGAGGUGCUGGAGCAUGUGUUCUCGUUUAUACAGUCGGACAAGGACAGGAAUUCGGUGUCUUUGGUUUGCAAGUCGUGGUACGAGAUAGAGAGAUGGUGUAGGAGGAGGGUUUUCGUCGGGAACUGCUACUCGGUGAGCCCUGGGAUUGUAAUCAGGCGAUUCCCGGACGUCAGAUCGGUUGAGCUUAAGGGGAAGCCGCAUUUUGCGGACUUUAAUCUGGUGCCGGACGGCUGGGGAGCUUAUGUUUAUCCAUGGAUCGCUGCCAUGGGCUCCGCGUACCCCUUCCUCGAGGAGAUCAGGCUUAAGCGGAUGGUGGUCACCGAUGAAGCCCUUGAACUCAUUGCUAAGUCCUUUAAGAAUUUCGAAGUUCUUGUCCUUUCCUCUUGUGAGGGGUUCUCUACUGAUGGUCUCGCGGCCAUUGCUGCCAAUUGCAGGAAUUUGAGAGAGUUGGACUUGCGAGAGAGUGAGGUGGAUGAUCUUAGUGGCCAUUGGUUGAGCCAUUUUCCCGAUACAUUCACGUCACUGGUGUCUCUUAACAUUUCGUGUUUAGGCUCUGAGGUAAACUUCUCAGCCUUAGAGCGACUGGUUGGUCGGUGCCCCAACUUGAAGACCCUCAGGCUCAAUCGAGCAGUGCCACUAGAGAAGCUCUCCAGCUUGCUUACACGUGCUCCUCGGCUGGUUGAAUUUGGCACAGGUGCAUGCUCAGCUGAGGUGCGGUCUGAUGAUUUUUCUAACCUGGCAGGGUCUUUCUCUAACUGCAAGGAAUUAAAGAGCCUGUCUGGGUUUUGGGAUGUUCUCCCUACUUACCUUCCGGCUUUUUAUCCUGUUUGCUCUGAUCUCACAUCCUUGAAUUUGAGCUACGCCACAAUUCAUAGUCCUGAUCUUAUCAAGCUCAUUAGCCAAUGUCCGAGUUUGCAGCGCCUUUGGGUGCUCGACUACAUUGAAGAUGCUGGACUUGAGGCUGUUGCAGCAUGUUGCAAGGACCUACGUGAACUGCGUGUGUUCCCUUCAGACCCGUUUGUUGAUGUCCCAAAUGUAUCCUUGACGGAACAGGGCCUUGUAUCCAUUUCCUUUGGCUGCACCAAGCUCGAGUCAGUUCUAUACUUCUGCCGCCGAAUGAGUAAUAGUGCAUUGGUUACCAUUGCCAGAAACCGUCCAAACUUUAUACGUUUUCGUCUUUGUAUUAUUGAACCACAUACACCAGAUUACCUAACGCUUGAGCCGCUUGAUGUGGGUUUUGGUGCUAUUGUUGAGCACUGCAAGGAUCUCCGGCGUCUUUCCCUCUCAGGUCUUCUUACUGAUCGUGUGUUCGAGUAUAUUGGGACAUAUGCUAAAAAGCUGGAAAUGCUGUCUGUGGCCUUUGCUGGAGAUAGUGAUUUGGGACUCCACCAUGUGUUGUCUGGAUGUGAAAGCCUCCGAAAACUAGAGAUAAGGGACUGUCCAUUUGGUGACAAGGCCUUAUUGGCCAAUGCUGGAAAGCUGGAGACAAUGCGAUCCCUUUGGAUGUCAUCGUGCUCAGUAAGUUUCGGAGCAUGUAAGUUCCUAGGUCAAAAGAUGCCUAGGCUUAAUGUUGAAGUUAUUGACGAGAGGGGACCUCCAGAUUCAAGACCUGAAAGCUGUCCUGUAGAGAAGCUUUAUAUUUAUAGGACUGUUACUGGGCCGAGGUUAGACAUGCCCGAUUUUGUUUGGAUGAUGGAUGAAGAUUCUGCAUCGAGGCUCUCUUGACAGAUCUUUCAGUUGCUGAAGCGCACUUGCAUCUUUCCCCACUGGAACAGAAAUGGAUAUAUCAGGUAUAUGCUCCUUAUGCUACUCAUUGUUUGACAUUUAAUUUAUGUAGCUUGAUACUAUAUCGAGGUCCUGAUUGGAACGGGUACGUGGUAUGGAGGAGGGGGUAUACAGAGAUUCAAGAGCUCAAUUGCCAUUUCUUUUACACUUGGCUGAGCUAUGGGAUAUCAUUACUCGAUUAAUAAAGCAAUGGAAAUUCUUAUUCCUUACCGACGUUGAGCUGUAACUAAUUCAUAGCAUAGCCACCAUGUACACUAUUUGCAGAUUUUUGCACCUUUAUGCACUUUCUUAAAAACCUCCACGGAAGCUUGUUUUUUUUGGACUUGAUUGUCAUUAUAUUUUUAUCCUAUGUUGAUGAAUAAGAUAUUCUCAUAUUCAGCAAA